CUGUACCGUCGGACAAAAAAAGACUGUUACAAAAUGAACCGGUUUGCUGGGUAACUUUCUUUAAGACUAUUUUUUUUUACUAUUGUAUAAGCUCUGUUACAAAUGACUUGGUCAUUUUUAACUUCAUUUUAAAUGUUUUCAUUAAUCCAUGGCUGAACUCUCCAUAGAUAUUAAUCUUAAUAUGACAAAGCAAUGGAUUCAAGUAUUGCACUGUGACACAGACAUUUACAACACCGGCUGACUGUCACCGGAUGGAGAUAGAUGAUCCAGUAUUUUUCCGCAGUAUCCUAUUGUCUGUUACCAGGCAACUAUUUCUGCUUCCUUACAUCGCCCUCUGCUGGUAAGAAAAAAUGACAACGACAUAAUCAGAUAUAUUCUACAAAAUCUGAUUAUUUAAGAAAUGUGAGUCAACCUGGUUUCGUACAUGAUUUUCGUGACAUAAAAUACCAUUCAAUAGUUAAAUGACAUCAAAGUGAAAAGCAAAUUGUCGGUGUAAUAGUAAAACAAGGGAUGGCGUGCUUGGAAAAGCGAAUCAUUAUAAUUUUCGAAAAGUAGGCAUAUCGUAUACAGCAAUAAAAACCUAAAAAAAACACAAAGCCAGCAACAAUAUUCAAACGGCCUACAGCUACAAAAACCUGAAAACUAUAGUUUUGCCUGCACCCUGAAGGGUGCGCUUCAUCUCAUGUUCCCUACUCUCGACCUGAACUUUAAACAAUACACUGUUUACUGAUUUUCUUGAUUUUAUUUUUGAAUUUAAUAAACUAAUUAUAUUGGUUGUAAACAAUGUUCUGUAUAAUACAAAAAUGUUAUUUUCAAAAGCGUGUCUUCAAACGCUAACUCCGCCCGCCGGCACAACGCCGGUAUUUGAACGUGCGACACACGAGCGCUGUUUGAUGACAUCAUCAUUGCGUAGCCUCAAGAAAACAACAACAGAGUUCAGCUGGUCCAGUGCUAGGUUCGACCGGCCCAUUUAGUUACCUAGCUACGGCUGGUGUCCGCGGUUUUUAUGCCUUAUUUUAAACUUAUUUGAGUUCCAUUAUAGUUUGUGACGUAAACUUUCAUCUUCAACAAAAAAUUAAAACGUAGCCACGAGUUUUAGUGGGUGAGUUUAGGAAACGGAGUCUUCUGUCGUCUGCCUGUUAGAUGCUAAGAGCUUAGCUAUUUAACCGAGUAUCUUAUCGACCAAAAGCUUUAUUUAUUUAUUUACUUUGUCUGAAAUUAAAGGUCUAGGACAUUUAUGGGAACCUUACCCAUAAUAAUCACCAUCAUUGCUCGCUGUCAUGCCUCCAAGAAAAAGGCCGCUAGUCCCUGUGAGGAGCCGUCGCAAAGUGGCAGACGACGUCUUUCCCUUCAACCUGCUGCCAGUGGAGUGUCAGCUGCAUGUCCUGUCCUUUCUGAAUGAAGUGGACAAAUGCAGCUGUGCUCUGGUCUGUCUGAGCUGGAGCUGCCUGGUGCGCUCCUGGAAACUGUGGCGAGUGGCAGACUACUCUCGCCGGGGUGUCUUUCACCUUGGCCAGGAGGGGUUGCUGGUGUCCAACCGAGAGUUUGAGCGCUGGAAGGCCUGGGUUCACCACUACACGCACCACCUUAUUUCUCGGCGAGCCAGUCUGCUGACCCUGAAGGCCAGCUUUGACCUGGGUGACCGCAGGAACAAGUGGGCAGAGCUGCUGAGCGGCCUGCUGGACAAUGUUCACUGCAGAGACCUGGGUCACCUGGACCUCAACUGGACCUUCACACUCCUGGAGCCCCUAGACUUAAGGGUCCAUUCUAGCUCUCACCAGGACAGCAUCACCAAGAUGGACCAGGUGACUAGUUUCCAGGAGCUGCUGGCCAAACUGACCCAGACUUGUCCUCGGAUUUCAAAGAUGCGUCUCCAUUUCGAUUGGUCGGACGUUUCAGUGUCGCUGCUCUUAAACUUCCAGCAGCUGCGGGUCCUGGAGCUGAAAUAUUUCUGGGUGUUCAAAGGUGUGACGCCGUCCACGCUGCAGACUGUCACUAAGUCCCUGCCAAACCUGCGCUCCCUCACACUGCACAUCCUGGUGCCACUCAGGAACCUCGGAAUCUCCUACACCCUGGAGUCGGAGUCGCUGGAAUUCCUGGAUGUGUCACCGAGCCGGGGUCUGGUCUUCAACCGACUGAAGCUGCCGGCACUCCGGGAGCUGCGGGCAAAAAAGAUCGUCCGAGGAAUCACGCUGGACCGUAGGACACGACUAAGAAUCCAGCACCGCUGGCCGUGUCUCUACAACGUGCUGAGGGAGGGGACCCCAAAGUUACAGGCCCUCAACAACGAGAGGCUGCUCCCCACCUGGAAGGCAGAGCCGUACCGCGAGCUGUCGGCCAUCUUGGAACAGUCAUGUUACUGUGUACAGCACCUGGACAGCUGGUUGUGGUAGACAUGGACAGCUUGUGGAUUUGUGUUUUGGCUUUGAGAGGUGCUGACACAUUCCAAAAUUGACCACAGGAGGCAGCAGUGAAUCAGCAGCUCAUUUGCUCAUUUGGUGACCUCAAAU